CCUGACUUAACCAAUAUGCAGGAAGACACUGGGAAUGCCCCGUGUGAAUACUCUGAGGUCAACGUGCUUGCCCAGAGCUGCUGUCAAAGCUGCUUCCACCCCGAGGAGGCCCACAGACCAAGGCAGGAGGAGCCAGGGAACCCUCCCAGUGCUGAGCCACCUUACUGUGACUUGCCUCGCCGCCCACCUGCCUCUGAGGACCCUCCCCGUUCCUCAGCCUCCGGCUGCCCGUCGGUGGUGGGCCCGGGCCUUGGGCCAGGGCUGCAGAGGGGUCCGUCAGCAGGGUCCUCAGCAGAGGUCCCCACCGCUGCCUCCGGGAGCCAGAGCCAGGAAUUGGAGGCAGGACCCUCUCUGGAGGAUCUGGCCUCCUGCCUGGGUGGCAGCUUUGACGAAGGCCUUGACUCUGGCACCAGCUCCAGCCCUGACCACGACACCCCUGAUGAUACCAGCGACUCGUCCUCCGUGGACUGGAACACUGUUGCAAGGCAGGAGGAGGCCCCCAGCUGGGACGAGCUCACCGUGAUGAUCCCGAGGAAGCCCCAGGAAGGGCCAAGAGCUGACAGUGCCCGAAAGGCUCCAUCUCUCCUCACCCGGUCUCCCGUAGGAGGGGAUGCUGCAGGCCAGAGAAAGGAAGACCCCUGCAGUGGGAGCCGAAGUGCCGGACAGCACUGGGUGAAGCUCCGGGGAGAAAGUGGGCACUUCCUGGAGCGGCACCGGUCGGCGCUAACCCAGGUUUCCCGUGCGACACUGCCGGGCGGACCUCGCGGUGCCAGCCCCCAGGCUUCCUCUCUUCAUCGUUCUGCCCAGAAGGACGCUGCCCAGACUGCUUCCACACAGGUCGAUACCCCCCGAGCCUCCUCUCCCACACAAAUCGCCCAACGGGAGAAGCCCAGGACCUCGUCCACCCAACAGGACAUCCCCAGGCCCGCCUUCACACAGCACAACACCCCCAGAGCCUCCUCUCCCUCAAGAAUCGCCCAACGUGAUGACCCCAGAACCUCCUCCGUCCAACGGAGCAACCUUCGAGUUUCCUCUCCCACCAGAACCACCAAACAAGACAACUCUAGAACCUCUUCUGUCCAACAGAACAACAUUCAGACUUCUUUUCCCACGUGUACUUCGCAGAGGGACAAUCCCAGAGGCUCCUCUCCCAACAGAACCACCCUGCGGGACAACCCCCGGGCACCCUGUCCGCAACGGGACAAUCCCAGAGGCCCCUCUCCCAACAGAACCACCCCACGGGACAACUCCCGGGCACCCUGUCCGCAACGGGACAAUCCCAGAGGCCCCUCUCCCAACAGAACCACCCCGCGGGAAAACUCCCGGGCAUCCUGUCCCCAGCGAGACAAUCCCAGAGGCGCCUCUCCCAACAGAAGCACCCAGCGGGACAACCCGCGGACACCCUGUCCCCAACGGGACAAUCCCAGAGGCGCCUCUCCCAACAGAACCACCCCGCGGGACAACCCCCGGACACCCUGCCCCCAACGGGACAAUCCCAGAGGUUCCUCUCCCAACAGAACCACCCCGCGGGACAACUCCCGGGUACCCUGUCCCCCGCAGGACAAUCCCAGAGGCGCCUCUCCCAACAGAAGCACCCUGCGGGACAACCCCCGGACACCCUGUCCCCAACGGGACAAUCCCAGAGGUGCCUCUCCCAACAGAAGCACCCAGCGGGACAACUCCCGGACACCCUGUCCCCAACGGGACAAUCCCAGAGGCUCCUCUCCCAACAGAACCACCCAGUGGGACAACCCCAAAGCUUCUUGUAUUCAACAGAACAACCCUAGGACCUCUUAUAGUCAACGAGACAAUCCACAGUCUUCCUCUCAGCGGGACAGCCCUGGAGCAUCCUCCCCUCGAUGCUGCACGAAACGGGACCACCCUGGACCGUCACCUCCCCAUCGCUCCGCUCAACGGAACAACCCCAGGAAUUCUUCACCCCAUCGUACUAACAAAGACAUCCCCUGGGCCUCCUUUCCCCUCCGCCCAACCCAGAGCGAAGGCCCCCGAACCUCUUCCCCAUCUCGCUCCAAGCAAAGUGAGGUUCCCUGGGCCUCCAUUGCCCUUCGGCCAACCCAAGGGGACAGGCCUCCUCAGACCUCCUCUCCCACUAGGCCAGCUCAGCGCGACCCACCUCUGUCCUCGUCCGGAUCUGCCCAGCACAGCUCGCCAUCUCAGGCUGCGUCCUCCCUCCAUAACCCGGGCCCCCACAGUGCCUCCCGGACCUCUUCACCUCUGUACCCUGCUACCCGCGGGGCACCCCAGACCUCUUCGGAGCCCUCCCAGCCUCCAUGCUCGGUCUGUAUUGGGCAUCGGGACGCCCCUCGAGCUUCUUCACCUCCUCGCUACUUGCAACAUGACCCAUUCCCCUUCUUCCCAGAACCCCACGCAUCUGAGACAGAAUUGCCCCACCACACCCCCCCCUACAUACCUCCAGCCGUGUGCAUUGGACACCGGGAUGCCCCCCGGGCUUCCUCACCCCCCCGCCACACCCAGUUUGACCCCUUCCCCUUCCUCCCAGACACAUCUGAUACUGAGACUCAGUCCACCCAGCACGACCCUCCUCAGCUCCCCCCACCUGUGUGUAUUGGGUACCGGGAUGCACCCCGGGCCUCCUCUCCGCCACGCCAGCCCCCAGAACCCUUCCUGUUAUUCCAGGAUCUUCCCAGGGCCAGCACUGAGAGCCUCGUCCCCUCCACAGACUCUCUGCACGAGCCCCCCCACAUGCCCACCCCCGUGUGCAUCGGGCACCGGGAUGCGCCCUCUUUCUCAUCCCCACCACGCCAGGCCCCGGAGCCCUCCCUCUUUUUUCAGGAUCUCCCAGGGACUAGUAUGGAGAGCCUGGCCCCCUCCACUGACUCUCUGCAUGGCUCCCCCGUGCUGCCUCCCCAAGUGUGCAUCGGGCACCGGGAUGCACCCCGAGCCUCCUCCCCACCCCGCCACCCCCCCAGUGACCUAGCACUCCUGGCACCGUCACCUCCGCCAGGCAGCUCAGGGGGCUCCCGGGGCUCAGCAGCCCCUGGGGAGACCAGGCACAACCUGGAGAGGGAGGAGUACACCAUGCUGGCCGAUCUGCCCCCGCCCAGGAGGCUGGCGCAGAGGGAGCCAGGGCCCCAGUGCAGCAACGGCGGCCGCACCCGCAGCCCUGGCCGUGCGGAGGUGGAGCGCCUCUUCGGGCAAGAGCGCAGGAAGUCCGAGGCACCGGGGGCCUUCCAGGCCCGGGACGAGGGGCGGUCGCAGCGGCCCAGCCAAGGUCAGAGCCAACUUCUCCGAAGACAGUCCAGCCCUGCCCUCAGCAGGGAGGUAACCAAGCCCCUUGCGAAGCAGGCAGAACCGGCCCGGCGGAGUCAAGCAGAGCCGUGUCGUCCCAGGAGCCCUGAGAGGCGGCCUGAAGGGGACCGGCGGCUCCAGGGGACCUCGCUGCCCCCAAGGACAUCAGCCAGGACCCCUGAGAGGGAGCGGCGGACAGAGAGACCUCUGGAAAGUGGCCGGGCAGGCCCAAGACAGCCUCUGGGGGGGUGGCGGAGUCAGGAGGGGCCUCCAGGAACCCAGGGCCCUCACAGACAUCUGGAGAGAGGGUGCAGCAGCCCGCAGGAGGGCCCAGGACUGGGGGACUGGCAAGGACUUGGGGAGCCCAGCCGGGGGCUUGCCAGAGCCCCAGAGGGAACUUGGAGGGGCCCUCUCAGGGAGUCCGAGGAGAGCUGGGAGCAGGAGGGUGGCCCGACUGGCCACAGGGGGCAGGCAGAGGCCUGGGAGGAGCCCCCCGGGAAUAGGUUUCGGGAGGCCCCUGACAGGCCCGCUCUCAGAGGCUGGGCCAGCCUGCAGGAGCUGCCCAGUGCCCACCAGACUAAGAGCCCCCCAGAGAACUCCAGGGUAGGCCCAGAAGAGUUCUUGAAAUCCCAGAGGCCUGAGAUACCCACUACCAUGGGCUGGGGGGCUGAGGGAACGCGCCCACCCCUGCACAGUCCUGAGAGGCGAUCCGAGCUCGACUGGAAGGACCUUGUGGGCCUUCUCAGGGUGCCCAGAGAAGGGGCCUGGGGCCGGAUAGAGGAGUCGAUGCUCACCUCCCACCUUCCCAGGUUGGACUGGGAAGGCCUCCUCGAGCUCCUACGGGCCCAGCUGCCCCGCAAGGACCCAGCUGGACACUGGGGUCCCCCGGCCCCGGCUUCAGGGGGUCCCCUGGCCCCGGCUUCAGGGCCAGAAGUGGGUUCCCCAGGCACAAAUGGCACCCCGGAGCUAGAGCGACAGGGCCAGCCUGAUGGCUGGGAGGAGUCCACCCUGGUCAACGGACAGAGCCAGAGCGCUGGGCAGUGGCCCGGGAGCUCCGCCCAGCCGCCCAGCCCUGCCUGCACCUCCACCCAGUGGCCAAAGACCAGAGUGACGAGGGGACCAGAGACCUCACCUAUGGCUUGUCUGGAAGAGAUGGGCCAGCUGGGGAGCAGGAGCCCUGCAGAGGGUCCCAGCUUGCCAGAGUGGGAGUUCCAAUCAGAGGAGCCCGAGGAGUCAGAACCAAGCAAAGGCCAAGACUCACUGACGGACCAGAAGCAUGCAGACUCGGCAGACAAGAGGCCAGCGGAGGGCAAGGCUGGGAGCCCACUCAAGGGCCGACUGGUGACCUCAUGGCGGAUGCCCGGGGACCGUCCCACGCUGUUCAAUCCGUUCCUGCUGUCCCUGGGGGUCCUCAGGUGGCAAAGGCCCGAUCUGCUCAACUUCAAGAAGGGAUGGAUGUCGAUCUUGGACGAGCCUGGAGAGUGGAAGAAGCACUGGUUUGUGCUGACGGAUUCCAGCCUUAAGUACUACCGGGACUCCACUGCUGAGGAGGCCGAUGAGCUGGAUGGUGAGAUCGACCUGCGCUCCUGUACGGAUGUCACCGAGUACGCCGUGCAACGCAACUAUGGCUUCCAGAUCCACACUAAGGAUGCCGUCUACACCUUGUCGGCCAUGACCUCGGGUAUCCGGAGAAACUGGAUUGAGGCUCUGAGGAAGACUGUGCGACCCACCACGGCCCCGGAUGUCACCAAGCUCUCGGACUGCAACAAGGAGAACGCGCUGCACGGCUACAGCACCCAGAAGGGCUCCCUGAAGGCGGGAGAACAGCGGGGGGGCUCUGAGGUCAUCGGUCGGGGCGGCCCGCGGAAGGCGGAUGGGCAGCGGCAGGCCCUGGACUAUGUGGAGCUGUCCCCGCUGACGCAGGGCGCCCCGCAGCGGGUCCGCGGCCCGGCCCGCACGCUUGACCGCCUGGCCAAGCAAGAGGAGCUGGAGCGGGACCUGGCCCAGCGCUCCGAGGAGCGACGCAAGUGGUUUGAGGCCACGGACGGCCGGCCCCCGGAGACCGCCGCUGGCGAGGGGCCGCGCCGGGGUCUGGGCGCCCCGCUGACUGAGGACCAGCAGAACCGGCUCAGUGAGGAGAUUGAGAAGAAGUGGCAGGAGCUGGAGAAGCUGCCCCUGCGGGAGAACAAGCGGGUGCCUCUCACCGCCCUACUCAACCAGAGCCGUGGGGAGCGCCGGGGGCCCCCAGGUGACAGCCACGAGGCCCUGGAGAAGGAGGUCCAGUCUCUUCGUGCCCAGCUGGAGGCAUGGCGUCUUCAGGGAGAAGUUCCACAGGGUGCACCCCGGUCCCAGGAAGAUGGCCACAUCCCCCCAGGCUACAUCUCGCAGGAAGCGUGCGAGCGCAGCCUGGCCGAGAUGGAGUCCUCGCACCAGCAGGUCAUGGCGGAGCUGCAGCGGCAUCACGAGCGCGAGCUACAGCGGCUGCAGCAGGAGAAGGAGUGGCUCCUGGCCGAGGAGACCGCAGCCACGGCCUCAGCCAUCGAAGCCAUGAAGAAGGCCUACCAGGAGGAGCUAAGCCGGGAACUGAGCAAGACACGGAGUCUCCAGCAGGGCCCCGAUGGCCUUCGCAAGCAGCACCAGUCCGACGUGGCGGCGCUGAAGCGGGAACUGCAGGUGCUGUCGGAGCAGUACUCGCAGAAGUGCCUGGAGAUCGGGGCCCUGACAAGGCAGGCUGAGGAGCGGGAGCACACGCUGCGACGCUGCCAGCAGGAGGGCCAGGAGCUGCUGCGCCACAACCAGGAGCUGCACGCCCGCCUGUCAGAGGAAAUCGACCGGCUGCGCAGCUUCAUCGCCUCGCAGGGCACCGGGGAUGGCUGCGGGCGAGGCAGCGAGCGGAGCUCUUGUGAGCUGGAGGUGUUGCUGCGAGUGAAGGAGAACGAGCUCCAGUACCUGAAGAAGGAGGUACAGUGUCUCCGGGACGAGCUGCAGAUGCUCCAGAAGGACAAGCGCUUCACCUCCGGGAAGUACCAGGAUGUGUACGUGGAGCUGAACCACAUCAAGACGCGGUCGGAGCGGGAGAUUGAGCAGCUGAAGGAGCACCUGCGCCUCGCCACAGCCGCGCUGCAGGAGAAGGAGUCCAUGCGCAACAGCCUGGCUGAGUAGAGGUCCUGGUGGCCCAGCGGUGCCAGCAGACCCUCCCCCGGCCUGAGGGGACCAGUCAGUCGCCCUCCUUCCUGCUGGAUGGAAGUCAGAAGCCAAGCUUUCUCGCCACCCUCUGUGGGCCGCACAUGCACUCAUACCCACCACACACACACACACGCACACACACACGCACACACACGCACACACACAUGCACACACACAUACACACACACUCUGCGUAUCUGAGCGCGCCCCUCGCACUGGGUCUUACCUUGCACCUUCUUCAGGAUUUUAUAUGUGAAGAGAUUGUUAUAUAGAUUUUUUUCCCUUUUUUUUUCCAAAACACAUUAUACUUUGAGAAAAGCAAUUCCUGGAGGCCGUGUGCCUCCAUCACUGGCCCCCUCUGGCUCUAGCCGCCUGCCCGGGCUUCUGGGCCCGCGGGCCUGCCCCAGGGACAGGGGCCUAGCAAACGCCCAGCAGCGGUCGUGGCAGGGUGGACUCUGGUGGGAGAGGCAGGGAGCCAGCCACCCUCUUCCUACCCUACCUCCCACUAACUACUUCCUGCCCUGAGGCACCCCACAGCGUGGGACUCUGGACAGAGGGACGGACGGGCAGAGGGAGCCGGCAGCUGUCCCUAAGUUCUCAUCUCCUCAUCCGGGGGUGGGGUGCUGGACAGGGAACUGCCCGAGCCGCCCCAUGAAGGCUUCUCUCCUGCUCCAUGAGCCUUCUUAACUUAAUAAAAUGUUCCCGCA